GGGAUGGAGUUUAAAGCUUAAUUUGUAUAUUAAAAAAAAAAAAAAGAAUCUGGGGUAUCGAGUCGUACAAUGAUUUCUGAUAAUGCGCACACACUCACUCUUCUGGCGCACACCCAUGAGCAUAUUUAUAUAACUACUGGCACUCCCCAUCCCAAAGCUUUUCUCUUUUAACGUCUUCUUCUUUAAACCAUGGAUGUCUUUUUAUUUUUCCCUGAGAAACUGUGCUACAUUAUAUAAAUAUAUAUAUUUUGUUGACUUUUGUCCCCUCAUAUUUUGAGUUCCCUCCUCUUUUUCUUUUUUUUUUUUAAAAAAAACCGCCCAAGAAUGACAAAGACUUGCAACAUUAAUAACAUACCUGCAGAGAUCUGGGAAAGCAUCUUUGACAAAUUACCGACUUGCAGCCAAAAUGAAUGUCAACGAGUGUGUCAACGUUGGUAUUUACCAGCACAACGUUCGUUUCUAGAACAUGUGGUGUUAGCUAGCUAUCUAGAAGUGGAAAAGUUUAUCUCUUGCUUCAUGAGGUUUGGCACAGCUGCUUCGUUUGGCUCUGUGAAGACCAUUCGGAUCGGAUCCACCUAUACCACACCCGAUCGAGCUCGUCAUUUACUCGAAUCCAACGCCAUUGAAACCCUCAUUCAUCAUUUCCCCCACGUCGUGGAGCUAGUCAUUUCAGGCAACUGUAUCGACCUCGACUAUUUCCUUAAAAGAGAUAUUGUUAAAGCAAUGUCAACCAUGUGGCCUCAUCUCCAAGUAUUUCGUGUGGACUCUGGUUGGCUUCACCCUGAUAAACGAAAGAUUUAUUUACAGACCAAUUACAGUCUGCGUAAAGGCAUCAGCCAAUUGACCCUGUACGAGCAUAACGAUGUGACCCACUCCAUGGGUGGUUUAGAAGCCUACCUCACCUCCUUUCCCAACCUACAAAAGAUCAAGGUUGUCUCCAGAGAGAUAUGCAACCUGGAAUCAUGUCUACCCAUCAUACAACACUGCCAACGUUUACACGCCUUGGACGUCUAUGUCACAAGAGAAGAUGCACGAUCACUUCUAGACCGUUUCUUUACCCAAAACCCACAGACAGAUCCCACUCGCUUCCAACAAAAAUUAAUCGCUUUACAGUCCUUAAAGAUCACUAUGGCUUGCUUCUGUACAUUUGCUAUCGAGUUCAUCAUUCAUCAUUUAUUCGGCUUACGCGAUUUGACGGUGGGUGUGAAUCGUAUCAAUGUAGAAGAAUGGACCGAGAUACAGAAAUACACCUUUAGUCAUGGAUUUCUUGAUUUUCUAUGUGAACGUAAAACGUUUACUUUCCGAUCACUACAAUUCAACUAUAACGAAGAGAACGAUUAUGUGAAUGAAGUCUUACACAAGCUCUAUCAUCAAUUACCUCCUGGCCAACCUGCGAAAAGAGUCGAGAAACAUGUCAAUUUAAUAUUGAAUAACAACAGUCCCGAAUCAGGUGCAGAUUAUAAUAAUAUGUUUAGUAAUAUUCGUAAUUUUGUAUUUGAAAUGGGAUCCAAACAACACAAGGAUCUCUUGAUACGAACAGCUUCUUUUACGCAUUUCAUUCAACAUGAAGGUGGAUUACGAAACAAAUCAUUGAAAUAUUUAGGCCAUAUGGACAGUAUCCUGCAAGAUAUCACUCGUCUAACAUUUGAUGCUUAUGGGAUGUGGGUCUUGAUUCAUGUCGUACCCAAGAUAUUCCAAGAUACCAUUCAACAAUUUCCAAACCUACAACAAGUCACAGUUCAUCUCUCACGAAACUAUCCUAAAAAGAACUCGUUCCUCUGCCGCGAUAUUACCACCGUGCAUUCUCGACUGACGCACCUAGAAAUCACGGCAGGAAAUGCUUUACGUAUUGAAGAAGACAUGUUCCCGCUAGCCUCGAAAUGUUUCCCAUCACUUCGAUACCUUUCGCUCUGGUUUCUCUCUGGCUGGUACAAUAACCAUACAUUCACCAUCGACAUGCAGGAUACGGAACUCGAAAGACUGCAUUUGGAUGUGACACCCAUACGAGUUCAAACCGAGAAAAUUUACAAUCCGCCAAAACCCUUCUUUAUUUUAAAAAUAACUACACCGCAGUCCUUUUUAUCCUUUCGUGUUGCCUCUGAUUAUCUCUCCCUGCAACCCUAUGAGGAAGAGGAAGAGGCCUUGACUGUUCAUCUCUUCUUUAAAUCCAUUUCCUUUGUCAAUCUCUAUCUCUAUCGUAAAUUCUCUGAUCAGUUUAGACCUGUCUCUGUCAUGGAUACGAAAGACUUGAUACAAACUACCGUUUGUUGUCUCGCUUCAAAUCCUUCUAUUCCAUAAAUCCGCGCUUUGACCCAGGAAAGCAUACCCUCUUGUGAAACAAUGAAUAAAAAGGUCAUUUCACCCCCCUCCCAAAUCAUGAGAUCGCCGUUUAUCUCUGUGUUCACCUAUUUUUUUUAUUUAUAUAUAUAUAUGUAAUGGGGGUAGGCGGGGAGUUAUGGAAAUGUUAAUUUUGAAUAAAUGUCAUGUCUUUGUCUGUUUAUGUGUAUUGUGUACACACAGUUGACCGUGCAC